AUGUGGACUUCUCACCUUCUUGCUGGUGUUGUGGCCGCCAGCCUCGUGCCGACCUUGAGUGUAGCUGCUUCCAGCUCGACUAAUAUACUGACCGCAGCUGGUGAUCAAGCAGUCAUUCCAGGCUGGUACAUGCAAUCCAGCCAAAAUGCGAACGGUAACUAUAGCAAUCUGUCCCUCGGUGGGGUGAACAUUUCGUCUUGGUAUCGAGUUGAAGCUCGAGGGUCCGUCUUUGCAGGCCUGCUGAAUAACAAUGUCUACAACGACUCAUUCCUCUUUUUCUCGGAUAACCUCGAUACCGCUGUCGAUUAUUCAGAGUUUCAAGUACCCUGGCUUUUUCGAGAAGAGUUCUCGCUCAGUCCUCAAGCUGGCCAGCAUUACUUCCUACAGACAAACGGUAUCACUUCUCGUGCUGAUAUCUAUCUCAAUGGUGUACAGAUAGCCUCCAACGAGACACAGGUGGGCGCUUACGGUGGUAAGAGAUAUGAGAUCACGGAAGCAAUUUCAGCAGGAAACAAUGCGAUCCUCAUUGUCGCCUAUCCUACCAACUAUCUCCGUGACUUUGCAAUGGGUUACGUUGACUGGAAUCCUUACCCGCCUGACAACGGGACAGGCGUCUGGCGGUAUGUGGAAUUGGCCCAAUCCGAUCAAGUUUCAUUGUCAACUCCCAGAAUUAAAACAGACUUCGAGUACACAUGGAAGCAAUCCGUUCUCGUGACUGUCCGAGCCGACGUUUCAAACAAUGGUAAUCAACCAGUCAAUGCUACAAUCACGGCAACGAUUAAUGACCCUGACGGAUCUGGAGCCUUGACAAUUGCUCAGACUGUCAGCCUAUUGCCAGGACAAGUCAAGACAGUCUCGAUAAGUUCCGAUCUGCCUAACCCUCAGAUCUGGUGGCCGGCUUCAUGGGGUUCUCAACCUUUGUACAGCGUGUCGGUCAAUGCAGCUAUAUCUGGCAAUGUUUCGGAUGUUUCCGGUCCCCGCAAGUUUGGAAUUCGUCAUGUCUCUUCAUAUGUCAGUUCUCAUAAUGACACUGCAUUCAUUGUCAACGGCCACCCGUUCCUCGUUAUGGGUGCAGGAUACACCUCUGAUGUCUUCUACCGGUUCGAUCCCAAUCGGACUCGAGCCCAAUUCGAACGUGUACUUGACAUGGGUUUAAACACCGUACGCCUUGAGGGUAAACAAGAACACCCUGAGAUGUACGCGAUAGCUGAUGAAUUGGGCUUGAUGAUCAUGGCUGGCUGGGAAUGCUGCGACAAGUGGGAAGGGUGGGACUACAAUGACGAAGCAGAUGGUGUACUAUGGGGUGAUGCGGAUUAUUCCACCGCAAAUACCUCGAUGCUUCACGAAGCAGCAAUGAUGCAAACGCACCCUUCCAUGCUCGCAUUCCUUGUCGGAUCGGAUUUUUGGCCAGAUGAUAGGGCGGUCAAGAUAUAUGUGGACGCGCUGGGCAAGCUUGACUGGCCGAACCCGAUCAUCGCAUCUGCCGCUAAGCGUGGCUACCCCGAGAUUCUUGGUCCCUCGGGGAUGAAAAUGGAUGGUCCCUACGACUGGGUCCCACCAAACUACUGGUACGGCGACGACCUUGGAGCAGCCUUUGGAUUCGGUUCCGAACUUGGAGCUGGCGUUGGGACACCUGAGAUGGUUAGUCUUAAGAAAUUCCUCUCCGAGCAGGAUCUGGAGGACCUGUGGACGGCUCCAGACAUGGGUCUUUACCACAUGUCAACGAGCCAGUCGAGCUUCUACGACCGGUCAAUAUACAAUGGCGGGCUGUACAACCGAUACGGCGACCCCACAAGCCUCGAAGACUAUGUCCUAAAGGCGCAACUCUCAGACUACGAAGCCACAAGAGCUCAAUUCGAAGCAUAUGUCGCCUACAAGGGUAACACUCGGCCAAGCACAGGCCUCAUAUACUGGAUGCUGCAGGGCGCCUGGCCCAACCUUCACUGGCAGCUGUUCGACUAUUACGAGCAGCCGAUGGGUAGCUACUACGGCGUGAAAGUUGCGACCCGCCCUGAGCACGUCGUCUACGACUACGGACACGGCACCGUCUGGGUGACCAGCAACUCGCUCAACUCCAGCGGGACAAGGACCGUCACUAUCGACCUGAUCAGCCUUAACGGCACCAACAUCACAACAGACUCCACCACUCUAGGCGAAGCCGUGCCUAACGGAAGCACUGAGGUCUCCGAAAUUGGCGGACUUGACUCCUUAGAAGACGUCGCCCUGCUGAAACUCACAUUGCUGGACGCCGACAACAGCACGCUGAGCCGCAACGUCUACUGGCUCCCAACACAGAACGACGUGAUGAACUGGACGAACUCAAGCUGGUACCACACGCCAGUAGUCGAGUACGCGAACCUCACCGGCCUCUUCGCGAUGGACAGCGCGAAUGUCACCACCACGGCGAGCAGUCCAGGGAGUUCGAAUAGCUCGUCGACCGCUGGCAGUGGCACGACCGGCACGGCGGUUACGCUGGAGAACACAUCUGACGUUCCAGCCGUGUUCAUCCGGCUAGUCCUGGUCUAA